UUACCAUGGAUCUAUCGAUACUCGAUUGGUCUGGUCUGUGUGUGAUGACGGCAUAGCAUACAUUGGAUCCAAGCAAAGAAUGAGCAGCUAACCCUAACUAGAUCAGUCUUCCAACAUAGUGGGAAUUUCUACAUUCAAACUCCAAAAUACAGUUUAAAACUGAUCUCAAACAACGUUGUCGAAGGAACAUCAAGCGAAAGUCACGAGGUAUACUUCUUGUUCAGGUUGGACAGAGACGCGCUGGCCUGUUAGCUAGCUAACGUUAGCUUUUCUACUUUAACUGGUCAUCUAACUGAACUAUAUCUGUCUUGACAUUGACUUCAUUGCUGUUGUUGCCACGUGAGCAGGACAACAUGAGUGGAGAGAGGGAAACGUUGAUGGAUGAAAUGGAACAGAGUUUAUACACUUUAACCAACGACAAUUUACGCUGCCUGUGUGAACGCAGUGGAAUCGGUGGCAAGGAUGGCUCUGAUGUUCAAGGAAACAAUCACCAUCACUCAUUGUGCCGUAAAAUCCUGGAGGAACUUUGGGAAAAUGCAGAUUCAAUGGAAUCGGAGGAGCAGGGAAUGUCUUGGUUACUCCAACUGAAAGAGGACAUCAGGAAGAUACAGGAGGAGGGUAUCGGUGCACCUUUGAGUCCCAGCCAAUCCAUUGAUGACGAUGCUGUAGACUGUGAUGAAGACGAGAACCAGAAGGACAUGGAUUGGUUACCUAGCAAAAGGCUGAAGGGGGAACCCAUAAGUCCCAGCCAAUCCUUUGAUGACGAGGAUGCUGUAGACUGCAACGAAGAAUGUGUGGAAGACAGAGAUUUGUUGCCUAGCAAAGGGCUGGAGGCAGAACCAGCACCAGAGAGACACACACCAGAGCAGAGAGAGAAGAGAAUGAGUGGGUCCCCCUCUCUGUCCUCUCCUGGUAAUGCCUUACUGCAGGGUCUGAAGAGAGUGAGUGAGUCCUCUCCUGGUAAUGCCUUACUGCUGGGUCUGAAGAGGGUGUCUGUGCGGCUGGUCGACUGCAGGAAAACACCAGGGUUGAGAGGAACUGCUGGAGGAGGAGACGACGAGGAGGUGGAAGGAGACGAGGAGGAGGAAGGAGACGAGGAGGAGGAAGGAGACGUGAUUCAUCAAAGAGAGAGACGUGGCAACCAUGGAUCUUCUGGGGAGCCUCAACAACAACCUCAUGCUGACAACACAGACUGGAGUCUCCCCACAUCAAAACACCUCAAUAAACAACCGCAGAGACAUACAGGGAAGAAACCACACCACUGCUGCUCUGAGUGUGGGAAGACUUUCGGCUGUCUAGCAACACUCAAAAUGCACAGAAGAAUCCAUACGAGAGAGAAACCUUACCGCUGCUCACAGUGUGGGGAUACUUUCAGUCAAAAAAUGACUCUUAAGAUUCACCAGCAGAUGCACACAGGGAAGAAACCUCACCACUGCUCUGACUGCGGAAAGAGUUUCAGUGUUUUAUCAAGCUUGAAAAUCCAUCAAAGCACCCACACCGAAAAUAAACUAUUCCAAUGCUCCAAGUGUGGGAAAGGUUUUGCAAACAACCACUAUCGAAAAAUACAUGAGAAGACGGUACAUGAGCCUCCCGCAGAAAGGUCUUACCACUGCUCUGACUGCGGGAAGAGCUACAGUUUUUUAUCAACCUUCAAAAACCAUCAAAGAAAACACACAGGAGAGAAACCAUUUCAAUGCUCCAAGUGCAAGAAAAGUUUUGCUCAGAAAUCCACUCUGAAAGCACACGAGCAAACACACAUUCCUGCCGCAGAAAGGCCUUACCAAUGCUCCUACUGCGAGAAGAAGUUUUGUAUUUCGGCAUCCUUUAAUUUCCAUAUGAGAAUGCAUACUGAAGAGAAACCAUUCCAAUGUUCCGUCUGCGGAAUGCGGUUCAUUCACGCCAGUUUACUGAAAGCACACAAACACAAACACAAGCCCUCUGACGAAAGGCCCUUCCACUGCUCUAAAUGUGGAGCGUGUUUUACUACAAAAGGUAAUCUUAAAUUUCACCAGCUGACCCAUGACCGGGGAGAGAGAACUUAUCGCUGCUCUGAGUGUGGGCAUUGUUUCUCUCAUCCAAUUUAUCUGAAGAAACACCAGAAAAGGCACAGUAAAGAGAAGUCCAUUGUCUGCGACCUGUGCGGGAAGACCUUCAACCAUCCAAGCAACUUCAGAACGCACAUGAAGAUACACCAAGGAGUGAAACCAUACCACUGCACCGACUGUGGCAGGAGCUUCAUAUUCCGCCAAGGUUUAACAACACACCAGCGUGUGCACACCGGUGAGCUGCCAUACGUCUGUGAUCAAUGUGGAAAGAGAUUUUCUCAGUAUAAUUCUUUGGUGAUUCACCAGCGAACCCACACUGGGGAGAAACCUUACCCAUGCUUUGUCUGUGGGAAGAGCUUCAGUCGGUCACAAAACCUGGCUGCACACAAGAGAACUCAUACUGGAGAGAAGCCUCACGCCUGUGAUCAGUGCGGGAAGAGGUUUUCCCGAACCGACGCACUGGCUGUACACAAGCGCACUCACACUGGAGAGAAGCCUUACAGCUGUGAUAUAUGCAGGGAGAGGUUCACCUAUUUAGUAGCCAUGUUGAAACAUAAGAAAGGACAUUGACAUCCUGCAGGUGAUGUACUCUGUGCUGAAUGUCCUCAAGACGAUUCUAGCUCUGUCUAUGGAGAAUAACUUUGUUUAACCUACAGAAGACAUCAAUUUGUUGUUUUGCUUACAAUCUAACCCCCAGAGAGAGAGAGACACAAACACUCACACACGCAGACAAACCCAGAGGGCGGCAGGUAGCCUAGCGGUUAAGUGCGUUUGGCCGGUAACAGAAAGAUCGCUGGUUUGAAUCCCCGAGCCGGCAAAGGUUAGGAAAAAAAUCUGCUGUUCUGCCCUUGAGCUAGCCAGUUAGUACCCAACAACAACUGCUCCCUGGGCACAUAUGACGUGGAUUAAGGCAGCCGCCGCACCUCUGUGAUUCAGAGGGUUUAGAUGCGGAAGGUUGAAGGCAUUUAGUUGUGCAACUGGCUAGUUAUUCCUCAUUUCCUUUCCACACAGAUCAAUAUCAAAGUCAAAGAGAUCUCUUGUAGCCAAAAUAAUGGUCAUUUUUAUAAGAUGUUAAUUAACUCAGAAAACCGCACCUGCUUUCUAUACACCUACUUGCCAAAUGUAGUGUUUCCUUCUCUUUUGGCAGUUCCCUGUAUAUAUCAGAGAACACGCACACAUAUGUAUGCAUUGCACCACACAUGCAUGUACACGCAACCACACACACGAACAUGCAUGUCUGCACAUACACACAUACAUGAAGACACAAUUAAAGAAUGAAAUCACAUGGCAAAAGACAGCUCAUAAUUACUGAUAACCAUUCUGUGAUGAACUAGCUUUUAUUUGUAUUUUACAUUGUUUAAACAUACUUAGUAUUACAUUGUUAAUUAACAUUGUGUACAUUGUGACUGAAAUCUUUUCAAAUACUUUAUCUGGGCUUGAUUGAGUUUGACUGGCGUGAACUCCGGACUGACAUUGUGUAUAUGUAUACAUUUCAGCAGGCUUACAUUAAAUAAGACAAGGACUGUAAGUGAUUUAUGGAUGUGUAAGUCCCUAGUGGGCCACCUUCACCCCCAAAUCAUUACAAAAAUUCACGUGUUUUUUUUUAUGGUGUCUAUGGCAACCUUAUGUCUUCUCUCUUGUGUGCGCUGGCGUACUUUCAGAUGGGUUGAUUGAGCACAGCAUUUCCCCACAGACAGAGCAGAGGUAAGGCUUAACAUUUAAGUCAUUUAGCAGAUGCUCUUAUCCAAAGUGACUUAGUAAUGAGCGCAGACAUUUUUCACCAUAUUUCAUACUGGUCCCCGGUGGAAAUCGAGAGACUCUUCUCUGCCUAGUCAGCUUCAUGAUGUUGUUGAGGCUCCCCAGAGGAUCCACAAUAGUCACGUCUCCUGUAUGAACGGGAACAUCAGACAGACAGUAAAUACAGGUCAUAUCUGCAUACAGUCGACAUCAAUGAAACAUUUGUACAGAUUUUUUUUCUUUUUCACUUGUACUGCUGUGGAAAAGACACUAGUAACAAUUUAUAUGAGCCAUCAGAUGAUAACACACAAUUACAAUCAACAAAGUUGUAGUUUAAAAACAAGUUAGUUCACCCUAAUAACAAAAUGACAUACUGGUUUCCUUACACUGUAAGCAGUUUAUGGACAAGAUAACACUAAAACACACACAACAAUCAACACAGAUCGUUAAUAGAAUACACAUCAAUAAUGGGAAAGGACUUUGGUGUCAGUCUAGA